CGUUAUGGCAUUCAAAGUGAGGAAUGCGGAAUACUUGAAACAUUCGGACAUGCGGAAGACGACCCGCGGUCGCGCUGGAAUGUUUUUGCAGAAGCUGCCAGGGCUUUCCGCGGGAGCAUGUCAGCAGCAGACAUGCUCUUGGCCACUCAGCUACAUCAAGGGGCGUACCUUGCAGCUCCUCAGCGGAGUAUGGUAGGUAUCAGCGAGCUGAACGCCCAGGCUCCUUGGAAGCAAGAGAUAUGUGAACUGAUUCGACAGGCUUCCCGUACUUCCUCAUGGCGGGGUUCAUCAUAUCUUCGCAAAGUGAGUCGGAACAAUAUAAUUUCGCUGAUCGCCCUCUUCCUACCUCCGCGUGAUGGUGACAUUUUUCGCAUGACGAAGCGAAUGAUUGAGCGCACUUGUGAACACAUUACACUCAAGCAGGAUCUCACUGAAGAAAUGGUCGUGGCUCAUGCUUGGUAUACGAUGUCACGAGCAUUGUAUGAUCCAGAGGCGCAUCAGUGCUACGAGGAGCGCAUGACCAGGGUUUCCGCAUCCAUGCUUGACUUCACAACUUCUAGCCGGGGCGUAGCAAGCUUCUAUUUCAGAAAUUGGUCCUUCGCUGUUGAUGAGGAGCGCGGCAAGCCAUCGCAAAAUGCCCGCAGACUUCAGCAUUGCAUGGAUAGGGCAUUCGUGACUUUGGUAUCUGAGUUCUUGGGGGUUCGUGACCUCGUCAUGGGGCGCAUGAGCCAGCUCACGAGCGCAAGCCAAGCCUUUCUUGCAGCCCACCGACCACACAUGGCAAGCAGAGGCUACGCUGCAGCCGCAGAGGCUGCGAGGCGCUUCCUCGACGUCUUGGCGGUACCCGAUCAUGCUCCAGGGCUCCGUGAUCUCGUGGGCUUGGCAGUCAUCGUCCGAGAGUCUGGUCGCAGCCAUGCGUCGUCUGCUGGGCACUGCUUGCUCCUGGCAGGAGAAUUGGAACGGUCCACCUCAGACACGCAAAGGCGAGCGGAGACGAUGCUGGCGGUCAGCUGCUCCUGGAAUGCAUGGCAUUUGCGUGCUCUGAGUGCUGGCCGACGAUGA